AUGGAACCCAAUCCACGAACCCCCAAACCCCCCGAGAAGCGCAAGACGCGCGCAUGGGAUCCCAGCCCCGCGGUAAACUUAGAUAGCUUACCUGAAGCAGCCCAAAUGGCUGUAAAUCAAGGCCGACCAAAACGAGUCAAAAGAUUUGAAGGCGAUUCACCGAAUUUCGUAUUGGAUUAUUCUCGCAGUCGGAAUAUCGCGCGCAAGCACAAGGGGAGAGGCAGACCGUUUGGGGAUGAUGAGAAGACUGCGAGGAGGGGGUUGCGUCCUUUGGUUAGGAAACCGGUGCCGCUUUCGGUGGUGCCGGAAGAGAAGCAAACUUCUGGAAGGCCAGAGAAAAUUAGUCCUAGGAAAGUUCCUCCUCCACCUUCGCCUCCUCGUGUUCCUCCUUCUCCAUCUCCGUCUCCACGUGUUUCUCCAUCUGCGUCUCCGUCUCCGUCUCCGUCUCCACCGGGACCUCCGGGACCCCCAGGGGGACGCAUCGGGAGGGGGAUGGCGGUGGUAUCGAUGGCACCCGUAACUUCAGCAGCAGUUUCGUCCGUUGCAGCUUCGGGUACAUCAGUGACGACGAUACCUUCUCCGACAUCUCGCAUCAAACCUCUCCCUAAUAUAGCUUGGGAUGUAGAGUUAGGCCAGGGGAGAUCUGGGUGGGCCAAAUCACUAGCAUUUACGCGACUCGGCGAUGCAGACGUUAAUGCCGACGAAGUGAUGCCCAUGCUUGAAAAUUUUGCCGUUGGUGCGUAUGCGGAAAAUUUCCGAACGAAUUUCUUGGGAAACAAUGCCGUUGACAAUUUACACGAUGGAAGGACAGGCGGUGUGACAUGGUUCUUGCGCAACUUGGAAAAUAGUCACAGCAAUAAAAUGAUAUACGAUUAUAGGCCCCCUGAUCCAGGAUACAUACAGAGAAUCAGGGCUGCAAGAAAUACUAGGAAGGGAAGAGAGAGAUUCAUUCAGAGAGCUCGCGAAAUUGGGGAAAAGUAUGAAUGGAUAAUGCCUGGAACGCUAGAAAAUGGAAGAAUGGCAAAUGUUCGAUGGGCAGCGCCUGGAAUGAAAAGAGAUAAAACUAAGGCUGCAAUAGACAGAGCUGCAUCUUUAGGUGGGCGUGUGGAUCGCAUAAUGGGGGAUUACACCUAUCUUCUUACUGGAAGUAGACCACUAUGGACUGAAAACGAUUUGAGAGCGUACAUUCGCCAGAGACUUCAGAGGAACGAAUCAAUCCUUCUCCCCCCCGCAUCUUCUAUCACGCGACCUUCAACGACUGUAUCCCUUCCUACUAGCUCAUCAACAACAGCAGGGGUACCUCCACUUAAGACUACAAAAUUGACAUUUGGUGCAGCAGGCACAGCAGGCACAGCUGUAUCCAGGAGUGUAUUUUUCGACUCUAGGCCUACAACACCUCUAUAUUCGGGUGGGAUGUUUGGAUCUUCCGGAUUUAUGUCUCCAUUACCUGGUGAACAGUCUGAUACCGUUUCAGAGUACGCGAAAAAUGUCGUGAGAUCGAUAACCUCACUAUCAUCGACCGAUACAGAAGGUAAAACUCAAACUCAAACUACAAAGCCCCUAAAUCCCUUCUCGGCCACAGUGAAAACUCCAGUUAAAGCCACAUUCGACGUGGGUGGUCGACAGCUCAGAUCAUCAAGGCCAAGUUUCAGCUCGACUGAUCCCCUUUCUCCAACGCUUCCGCUAGCGGGUAGGAGAGAAGACGUGAUAACUCCUAUGGUCAAGGACAGUAUCGUUCAUCCGGUUAAAAGACCCAGUCAACGACUAUCAAGUUCCAAGGCGGUAACGAGUAAAGCUACAACUGCAGCUACCACUUCUUCUAUUGGUGCUACGGGGAAUCGUAAAGGAAGGGAAACCCAAACCACCGUACCUCCUCCUCCUCCCAUACUACAUAAUAUAGCCUUCCAUUAUAUUUCAGAUUUACAUCUUGAGCAGACAAGUUACGACAACUUUGACUUUAAUCCAACAGCUUCUUAUCUCAUUCUCGCAGGUGACAUAGGAUACGCCCAUCGUACCCACCAGGACCGAUACCGCCAAUUCUUAGCUAGAAUGUGCGCUAAGCCACAACUGAGACGCGUCUUUUUGGUGGCUGGAAAUAGGGACUUUUGGCCAAAGGCCACAAAUACAAUGCCAGAGGCACUGGGAAUUCUCAGAGGAUUCGCGAGGCAUCGGGAUAUGAAAGGAAAAUUGACAUUCAUGGAGGACGACCGCUUUGAAAUUGAUGAGAAAGGGGGUAAGAUUGUGAUAUUGGGUUGUACGCUGUGGACAGAAGUACCAGGACGUGGGGGUGGUGAGCCGUCUGAUCAAAACAACCGACAGAGAACUGCCAGACAUCGUGCUUCUUGUGACUUCAUAAGACGAGAAACGGCAAAGAUUAGAGAGGAUCCCAAAGAGGUUGCAACGCGUAUAUUGAUCAUAACGCAUAUGCCACCUUCCAAGAGCGGUACUUCCCAGCCCGAGUUUACAACCAAGGAAGCCCGAGAUUUUUCACAAGGGGCCCAUCAUGGGAGUGAUGUCAUAAAUGGUGUGAAGGCAUAUGAUUAUGAUCAUUCUUCGGUCGAAACUACAAUGCCGCUGUUAGACGUCAGAGACGUUUGGAUUUGGGGCCAUACGCAUUGGAAUGAACCGAAAGCGGGGAAAAUAAGACAUGGUGGGAUGAGAUUCGACUGUAAUCAGAGGGGAAAUGCUCACGGGGGGGCAUAUAAUCCAAGGCCGGAAGGAUCUUUUCAACCCGAGAAAGUUAUUUUAGUAUGA